GGCGGGGCGGGGACCGGGGCCAGCCGCCGGCAGCCGGGAGUCGGCUUCGCGCCCGCGGCCGCAGCUCAGGCGGGAGCCCGAGGCGGAGCCCGGGGCGGGGAGCCGGAGCCAGGCCGUCGGGGCCCCGAGGGCGCCGGGAGCGCCCGCCAUGGAGCUCUGGCCGUGGCUGACGGCGGCGCUGCUGCUGCUGCUGCUGCUGGUGCAGCUGAGCCGCGCGGCCCGCUUCUACGCCAAGAUCAGCCUGUACUGCGCGCUCUGCCUCUGCGUCUCCGCCGUGGCCGCCGUCGUCUGUCUGCUGCGCCACGGCGGCCGGACGGUGGAGAACAUGAGCAUCAUCAGCUGGUUCGUCCGGUCCUUCAAGUACCUGUACGGCCUCCGCUUCGACGUGAAGGGCCGCCAGCGGCUGUGGGUAGACCGGCCCUGCGUCAUCGUGUCCAACCACCAGAGCAUCCUGGACAUGAUGGGCCUCAUGGAGAUCCUGCCCCCACGCUGCGUGCAGAUCGCCAAGCGGGAGCUGCUGUUCACGGGCUCCGUGGGCCUGAUCAUGUACCUGGGGGGCGUCUUCUUCAUCAACCGGCAGCGCUCCAGCACCGCCAUGAGCGUGAUGGCCGACGUGGGCGAGCUCAUGACCCGCGAGAACCUCAAAGUGUGGAUUUACCCCGAGGGCACGCGAAACGACAACGGGGACCUGCUGCCCUUUAAGAAAGGCGCCUUCUACCUGGCGGUCCAGGCCCAGGUGCCCAUCGUCCCCGUGGUGUACUCCAGCUUCUCUUCCUUCUACAACCCCAGGACGAAGCUCUUCACCUCAGGCACCAUCAAGGUGGAGGUCCUGGACGCCAUCCCCACCAGCGGCCUCACGGCGGACGACAUCCCCGAGCUCAUGGACACCUGCCACCGCGCCAUGCGCUCCGCCUUCCUGCGCCUGUCCAAGCCCCACCAGGAGAACGGGGCCGCCCCGGAGCCGGCCGCCCAGCCCGCCCAGUAACCGCGCCGCAGCCGCGGGACCGGGGGCAGGGGAUGGACAGAGGGCCCGGGCCUGCCCCGCCGGGGCCGCCCAACACCCGCUCCCGCGUCCAGCCCUGCGGCCGGCGCUGUCCUUCGGCCCCGGCCUCAGGUCCCGGCUGCCCAUGUCCCCGCAGGGUCGGCCGGGCCUCCCCCAGCUCUGAGGGCAGGGCCCCCACACGGGCCCGCGCGGACGCCCCUGCCUGCAUCAGGCUGGGAGAGGCCAUGGGGAGCGAAUACUGAGUCAGAACUGCACGCGGCUUUUCUGUGUGGUUAAUCCUCCCCAGGAUAUUCUUUCCAUUGAUUUUCAGAGAGUGGGAGGGAGGGGCAGUGACAGAGAGAAACGGCGGCUGGUUGCCUCCCACACGCCCCCGACCCCCACGCGCCCCCCGACCGGGGCUGCGAGGUGAGCCUGUCACCGAGGUGCCUGCCCUUGACCGGGAACCGAACCUGGGACUCUUCCAUCCGAGGGCAGGCACGCUAACCAUUGAACCACCAGCAGGGGUGCACAGCGUUGUUUUUAUAAAUGGACUCUUGCAAGUG